AUGCGGUUCGAAGAUUUUCGUACGAAUACAACCGAGACAGCGGCGGUUCAUCCAACUCAAGACGCAACCAGAGUGUAUUGGCAGACGUACGAUAGCACACCAGCUGCAAUGGUACUGCGAAUGGAGGCAGGAAUAGCAAUCCUGAAGCCGCCAGCAGUAGGGGAGGAGAUAAGCUGGAUCGCGCUCUCGAUCGUGGGGUAUGGCGGUCUCAUUCAAGAUGAGGAGGGUCUUCUGGUCAUCGACUGGCGUGUUCAUGACAUGACGAACGAUACGUACCUCCAGAUCAGAGAAAAAGAAUGCCCCGUAUCCCACGCUCGAGUGAAUUUGAAGGCCGCCAAGUGA